CAACAGGCAGCUGGCACGCUCUCAUGAGCUUGGUAUGCUGUUGAGGUUCGAAAUAUGAAGCUCACAAAUAUUCAUUACAAAAAGCCGUCAGUGAGCCUUUAAUUAUGGCAACCGCUCGUCUCCGAAAGACGUUCCGCUACCCCGAUUUGGACAGUGAUGACGGCCAGCGGGGGGAGCUUGAUGAACAAGAGCAGGAAAUUUUAAUACAGGGUCUCCGCUGCCAAGAUGAAAAGCAGAAUGCUCAGUACAAGCUCAUUUUUACGGCCAUCCCUCUGAUUUCCUCAAUAACCUAUCUUCCUUUCUUGCUUGUGCAGAGUCUAAGUGCGCCACAAAGGAUUUUCUGUUUUCUGGGAAUCGGAUCCCUGUUAUCCACGGCAUACAGCAUGUGGAAAUUUAUACCAUCCUACCUAGAUACAAAGGGAGAUCGUCGAAUAAGGGAUAAUAAUCGAAAAGAUGGAUUAUUAAAGAAAUACUUAGGCUUGAGCAAUGCCCUAGUUUCCGCGUUCCUUUUUCUAGCUGCUUAUCUCCUUGGGGAUUCAUCCGUUUCCAAAGAAGUUCUACGAAUAUUAUACGUUGUACCUGGUGUGAUCUAUGUUAUUAUCUUCAUGGUUCGAAGAGCCAUGAUAUCUGUUGACAUAGGAGAGUUAGAACGCCUGCGGUAUGACUUUAAAGGUGCCUAAUUUAGGAUUGGUCCAUUCCAGAUUUCUCAGUAUUCACCACUCUCUUACAGUGUUCUGGGCCUCGAGUAGAACUUGUUUCCCGCGAUACUGUGUUGCUUUGCUGGUGCACCUUCCCCCCCUUUUAUUGAUACUUUAUGAGAAUGUACCAUUUAUCCCGCCCAACUUCUGUUUGCUGGGCUUAUAACUUGUGCAGCCAUAAUUCUUCUUACAGACUUGAUAUGUGUGCUAAUUGCUAUCAUGGCAGAGCUUCAAUGCUUGGGGGAUGGAAUUCAAAUAUUUCAGGGACAUGUGCAGGUAUCUCGUACCUGAGUGAAGUCUCAUGAGACCAGAUUGAUCAAGCACUUGAGUUCAUUUCGUAAGCAAACUGCAAACGAGUCAAAGAGAUACUCCAGGCAUGCCAUCAUAGCCGCCAGAAUCCAUCACAAGUGAAAGACGAGAUAAAGCUAUGCCGAGCUAAGUAAACUGGCGGGGGAAGGCGGUUGCCUCUGCCAGUCCAAACCGCAAACCCGAUAUCCCGAGCUACAACGUUGAAACUCAGGCCGUGAGCAAAACAACAACCCAGAAAGAAAAAGCGCCUGGCGAGAACGCACAGCAACCACUAUAGACGGGGUCGAACAUCCGGAAGAGAGUGCCACUGAAUACGCCCGAUUGUGCACGAUAGAAAAUCAUGGCCUCGUUAGCAGACUAGAUCCACUCCUCGCUAUCAAUAUCAUCAGUAUUCCCUUCAGCC